CACCCCCUUAUAUUCCUACACACUCUCCUUCUCUUUCCUUUAAAACACAAACUCUCACUCUCUCUUUCUCUCAACAAUCUCACUCUCUCUUCAUUGCAUCAACCAUGACUGCAGCUUCACCUCCAUUGAAAGAUGAACUUGACAUUGUCAUCCCUACUAUAAGAAACCUAGAUUUCUUAGAAAUGUGGAGGCCAUUCUUCGAACCUUAUCAUUUGAUCAUUGUUCAAGAUGGUGACCCUACAAAAACCAUCCAAGUUCCAUCCGGUUUUGAUUAUGAACUUUACAACAGGAACGAUAUUAACAAGAUUCUUGGUCCUAGAGCUUCUUGUAUCUCAUUCAAAGACUCUGCAUGUCGUUGCUUCGGUUACAUGGUUUCGAAGAAGAAAUACAUCUUCACCAUUGAUGAUGAUUGUUUUGUUGCUAAUGAUCCAUCUGGAACUCAAAUCAAUGCGCUUCAGCAGCAUAUUAAGAAUCUUCUGUGUCCUUCAACACCUUUGUUUUUCAAUACUCUCUAUGAUCCUUUUAGAGAAGGUGCUGAUUUUGUUCGCGGAUACCCUUUUAGUCUUCGCGAAGGUGUUCCAACAGCUAUCUCUCAUGGACUUUGGCUCAACAUUCCUGAUUAUGAUGCUCCUACACAGCUUGUCAAGCCUCGUGAGAGGAACACUAGGUAUGUGGAUACUGUUUUGACAAUACCAAAAGGAACAUUGUUUCCAAUGUGUGGAAUGAAUUUGGCAUUUGAUCGGGAUCUGAUUGGACCAGCCAUGUAUUUUGGUCUCAUGGGAGAUGGUCAGCCUAUUGGACGAUAUGAUGAUAUGUGGGCUGGCUGGUGCUGCAAGGUGAUUUGUGAUCAUUUGGGGCUAGGAAUCAAGACUGGACUCCCCUACAUCUACCAUAGCAAAGCAAGCAAUCCAUUUGUGAACCUAAGGAAAGAGUACAAAGGGAUAUUCUGGCAGGAAGAUAUCAUUCCAUUUUUCCAAAAUCUUGUUCUUUCAAAAGAAUGCACAACUGUUCAAAAGUGUUACAUUGAAAUGUCAAAGGAAGUCAAAGAAAAACUUGGAAAGAUUGAUCCUUAUUUUGACAAAUUGGCAGAUGCUAUGGUCACUUGGAUUGAAGCUUGGGAUGAACUUAACCCUGCCAAAGCAUCUUAGGCCAAUCACAAAGCAUAAAAAAAUCUUAAGCUACUAGAAAAUGCUGAAAUAACGACGAAAGAAAAUAAAUCGGUCGCUAAAUCUGGCGUCUCUAAUGCUUGCCUUUUUCCGUCUCUAUUUCAACUUUUCAGAUAGUUCGUGAAGUGCAAACAUAGUCGUUGAUCUUGAAUUUAGGCUAUUUAUAUUGUGUGAUUUCCUAAAAUGCUUUGUUAUUUAUAUUAUUGUGACUAGAAUUUGCAGCAUUGUUAGCUGUAAUUCUAAAUUUUAAGACCAUGGUUUUAGGUUAGAAGAAAUAAGGUACAAUGAUCUAGGUCAUUGUCACUUGUGAUUUUUGUUUUAUGAGUUCUAUGAUCUUUGUUCGUGUGACCUUAUAUCAUUUUGGAAGGAAUGUGUUUUUAUGUGAAAA